CAUACUUAUGUUUACUUCCGCGUUACGGUUAACUUCAUGGAUCUAGGUUAACUUCAGUUGACAGUAGUGAUCCUUCAGCUUGUGUGGGUAUGGGUGAUCUGAGGACCGUGUACCUGAGCCUGUGCAGGGAGAACGGUGUGGAACCUCAGCAGGGUAUCCUAUCCCAACUGCAGAGGGGGACACGAUUGAACUUGAGCGCGCACAGCCUGUCUGGAGACACCUGCUCCAUACUGUCCAGGACUCUCCAUAAGAACCAUUCAGUCACAGAGCUGCUGCUGAGUGACUGUAUUCUCAGCGAGGAUGGGGCCGUUGCACUCUUAACUGGACUCAUUGGAAACACCUCUCUGAAAGUCCUUGAUCUGAAGGGUAAUAACCUCAGAGCUGCUGGAGCUGAAGUUCUGGGAAGGUUGCUAGCACAAAUAAUUCCUUAAACAGGUGAAGUUUAUCAAAAUAAUGUCUGUCUCAGGGGCCACUUACCAUUGUGUAUUUUUUUCUUUUCGUCCACUCUUCUUUGUGUAAUCAGGUUGGUGCUGGAGUGGAAUGCACUUGGCUUGUGGGACGAGGCCUUUUCUCUCUUUUGUGAAGGUCUAGCCUCAAACUCUGGUCUGAAACAGCUGGAUCUGCGGAACAAUCAGAUCAAUCCCCAGGGAGCGUCAGAGCUAUCUCAAGCCAUCAGACGCAACAACAGCCUAGAAAUGUUAGAUCUGAGAUGGAACAACAUUGGUCUCUUGGGGGGGCGCUCUCUUUUAGAGGCUCUGCAGAAGAAUAAGUGUCUCGUUCAGCUGGAGAUAGCAGGAAACAAUAUCCCGAGCGACAUGGUGCGAGCCCUAGAGCAGAGCACAGCACAUAACAGUGAACAGCAGAAUGCAAUGAGGGAGAACCGCAACAGAACACAGGUGCUCAGUAAAGAGAUCCAGAUCCUGAAGGAGGAGAAGGGACGACAGUUUCUGAGUCUAAUGGAGACCAUAGACCAACAGCGAGAUGAGAUAGGGCGCUCAAACAGAUGUACAUCUUUGCAGAUGGCCCAACUCCAGGAAGCCCUGAAUGAGAGGACAUCAGCUAUCAGUUCUCUUACUGCCAAGUUACAGAUGGCUGAGGCUGCAUUGGCUCUGUCUGAACAGAAGAACACCAACAUGGCCACUCUGCUCACUCAGACAAAAACUGAGAAGGAGAAACUGUGGGAACAGCACAAACAAGAGAAGAAGAAAGAACUUGAGAACAGUGUUCUUAAAGAAAGCAAGCUUCUCAAAGAAAUUCAGAGUCUGACCAACAACAAUGUUCAGCUCAGAGAUAAGGUGGAGGAAAUGGAGCACAGGUGCAAGUCCCAGCAGCAGCACAUUUUUGAGCUCAAACAACAACUGACCAACAGCACAGCAGAGCUCAAGAUUCGACUGGCCCAAACAGAAGACCGACUGGAUAAGGAAAAACUAUAUUCAAAACAGGCUUUGGAGAACCAAAAUAGCCUGCACCACAAAGAGGUGGAGAAUGUGAAUCGUCAUCUAGAGGAGAGUGAGAGAGCUUUACAAGAACGCAUUUUUAAACUUGAAGCUCAGAGAAUCAAUUUGGAAGAGGAGGUGAGCCAGGCCAAAGCUCUGUGUGCAAGUGAGCGGGUCCAGGCACAAGAGGAGCUAAGCCGUGUGAGGGCACAGCUUCGACUGGAGGAGAGGGAGCAGGUAUCCUCUUUGAGGGAGAAGCUGUCCUCCCUUCGCUGUUCCCUGCAGGAGGCUCAGCUGCACGCUUCCCAACAGAAGGACCUCAUCUCGGAGCUGCAGGCCCGGAGCAGCCAGCAGAGCUUGGAGGUGGACACUCUCAGGCGGAGAAUUGACGAGCUACAGCAGGAACUGUCGGGGAAAGAGCAGGAGAAGGUGGCGGAAGUGAACAAAGUGCGGGUGGAGCUUCAGGAGCAGAUUGGACGUUUGGAAACUGAGAGGGCAGCUCAAACAGGACUCAAAGAGAGGAUAGGCGCUCUGGAAAGAGAGAUGAAAGUGCAGAGUAGCAACCACAGGGAGGCGCUCCGGGACAAGGACAGUGAGAUCACGUCAUUGUUGGAGAAAGUGCGGCUGAGAGACGUUCAGAUCCAGAGAAUAACAGAGGCUGAGGCACAGAGAGCCAACUACCUGCAGAGUGCCAUUCUCACCUAUGUACAGAGCUCACCACUGGGGCACUUCAACAGUCCAAACAAGCCCCUCUGACCCACACAAACUGUUCUACUCAUUGAGAUUGAGAUGACAACUUUUCAACUUAGAGGCAGACAGCAGAUGCUAACCGCUCUGCCACUAACAAGGCCAAACACACUCCACCCACACAUCUGCACUGAUCUUAACAUGAAGGUCAGUAAGUCUUUAUUAGCCAUGUCUAGUGUGCUGAAUACCAUUGCAGAAGCGGUAAGACAGAUCCACUUGUGCCUACAUACUGUGAAACAAUCUCAAGUCUGUUUUUUUAAACCAUGCCAAUGCUGGUACAUUUUUUGUACACUGUAGAUUCAGGUAA